AGGACCCUUCAAAAUUCCAACAUGGCGGCGUCCGUCCGGGUGUGCUGUGCCCUCCGCAUCACCAUCGGAGGUGCAGCACCGCUCCGCACCAUAGGGGGCGCAGUUCAGGCUUCCCCGUUGGUGAGAAGAGCCUCAGCUGCCUCUUUCCAAAGAAACCCUGCACUUCCACUGUACCCUGCAACAGCAUGGCAGCAGACCAGGCAUGGCAGCUUCUUCAACAAGUUGACGGCUAACGAGUUGUGGAAAGGUGUGCUGGCAGAAUCGGGUGCUGGAGGCAGGAAGGGCAGAGGGAAGCGAUCCAAACCCAAACAGAAGACGGACUUGAACAGAGGACGGAACAUUGGAGAAGGUCGUGGCGGUUUUCUGUGGCCUGGUCUGAAUAUUCCUGUGGUAAAGGAUGGGAAUCUGCUGCCCCUGGGACGUAGAGGGGAGGCUGAGCAGCAGUUGCUGCAGGCUGAAACAGUGCGCCAGAGGGAUGAGUGGGAGAAGAAGAAGAGGACGAGGGUGAAGAGACAAAGAGGAUGGACGGGAAACUCGUGGGGGGGCAUCAGCCUGGGCCCCCCUGACCCUGGACCAAAUGGAGAAACCUAUAAGGACUUUGAUUCACGUGUCAUUGAGGUGAAGAGUGUGUUCAACAUGACGGCCAAGGAGGGCAGGAAAAGGUCCAUCAGCUGUCUGGUCGCUGUGGGAAAUGGCAACGGAGCUGCAGGCUUUGCGUUGGGUAAAGCAGUAGACAGAACCACGGCUCUGAGGAAGGCAAAGAACAAAGCCAUCCACUACUUGUACUACAUAGAACGAUACAACGACCACACCAUUUAUCAUGACAUCGAGUCAAAGUUCAAGAGGACAACGCUCCGCAUGAAGAAACAAAACAAAGGUUAUGGUCUGCACUGCCACCGGGCGGUCAUCACUAUAUGCAGGCUGAUAGGCAUACAGGACAUGUACUGCAAAGUAGAAGGAUCUAACAAUCUCCUCAACAUCACCAGGGCCCUCUUCACUGGAUUAGCCAGGCAGGAAACCCACCACAUGCUGGCCAAUAAGAAGAAGCUCCAUGUCGUCGAGUUUCAGCCGCAACAAGGCCCGCUGCCCGUGGUGGUGGCGAGUCCUAAAGACGGGACACGAGCUGAACCGGAACCUGAGGACGAUAUCCCCAACACGCGGCUGCACUAUGACGACGUACGAGCAGCACAGGGAGUCAAACGCUCAGUCUGGGCAGGAGUCAAACGCACUAUCUGGUAGCGUGGGAGUGGUGACUGGAUCUGCCCACAAGAAACAUGAUUGGACUGAUAGAGGCCAGGAGUGUCAGAUGCUACGUCUGACUUUUGGUUCAGAGGAUUGUGAUGUUCAGAGGAUUGUGAUGUUCUGUCAACCGAGGAUUAGAAUUACAUAUUACUCAAAUUGAAGCGUCUCAUUUCAAAGCAGAAUUCUCCAGAUAGUCCUAAUAGGCCAAUAUUGACACUCACACAAUAUUGAAAUAUGAACAUCCUAGAUGUCAGUUUUCUUUUAUACCUGUAAAAAAAAAUCUGCUUCUCCAUUUAUGUGGAAUUGUUGCAAAAUGUGUGCUAAUGAAAUAAAGUACAGAUCUGUAAAAACAC